GUAAUAAAGCAACAAAAACUAGCUCCCUUCUUGGGUAGCCCAAUAUAUACUCACAACUUAAAACAAAACUAAAAAUCACUUUUUAAUCUUUUUCUCUAACUUCAUUAUUGCUCAAACUCAUUUGUAUGCAGGUUUAGCAUUCCCAAACAUUUUGGGAUUGUUCACCCGCCAAUUUUUCACAUGUCGAAGAAGCAGACUAACCAGGAAACUAAUGGGAUCCAUUCACCGCCACAAACACCAACCUCGUUGUCUGAACCGACAGCGGCAGUGUUCACAAGUAAAAUGGUGUCACCGGUUAAUACAUUUAUAGCAAUGAUUAUAUGGCUUGGUUCUGUCCAUUUAAUAGUUUUGCUCAACUUGGCCUCCUUAUUAUUGCUCCCUUUUAACAAAUACUUGUUGGUAUUGGGAAUCUUUGUGGUGCUUAUGUUCAUCCCAAUUGAUGAGAAUAGUAAAUGGGGAUUAGCUAUAGCCAGGUACAUAUAUAAGCACGUGAUUGGUUAUUUUCCGGGUACUCUAUAUGUUGAGGAUAUUGGAGCUUUCAGUCCUGAUCAAGCUUAUGUUUUUGGAUACGAGCCUCAUUCAGUUUGGCCAAUUGGAGCCGGGAUACUAUCAGAUCUUACUGGUUUUAUGCCGACUGGCAAAGUCAAGAUUCUUGCAAGUACCGCUGUGUUCUACACGCCAUUUCUUAGGCAUAUAUGGACAUGGAUGGGACUAACAGCAGCAACAAGGAAAAACUUUUCGUCACUUUUGAAAAAUGGAUGUAGCUGCAUAGUGAUCCCAGGUGGAGUACAAGAAGCCUUUUACAUGGAGCGCGAUUCUGAGGUUGCCUUUUUGAAUUCAAGAAAAGGAUUUAUACGCCUUGCAAUGGAGACUGAUUCACCUUUGGUUCCUGUUUUCGCCUUUGGUCAGUCCAAUGUUUAUAACUGGUGGAAGCCACGGGGGAAUUGGUUUCUGAAACUCUCUCGAUCUAUAAAGUUCACUCCUAUUGUCUUUUGGGGUACCUUAUGGUCUCCUAUACCCUUACGACGACCAAUUCUUGUGGUAGUUGGUAAACCAAUACAUUUCACGAAAAGUUCUAAUCCCACCAUGGAAGAGGUUUCUGAAGUACACAGUCAAUUUGUGGAAGCACUACAAAAUCUAUUCCAUAAAUAUAAAGCGCGAGCAGGUUAUCCUGAUCUUGAGUUACGAUUGAUGUGAUGAGAUUGUGCAUUUUUACCAAUCUAAAUUCAACUCCAGAGUACAUGUAGCAGCAAGUAAAAGGCAUGAAGUUUAUAGGUCUACUGAGGGACUAUUUUUCGUGAAAAUCGCUUGGAACCAAGCAACUAAUAUGAAUAUAUGAUUCUUUGGCUUACCAAAGUGCUUGAACAUAACCUCUUACAUGAAUGCAACUUCUCAAAUUACUUUGAAUAAAUGCUUGAAAAUGUAUUCAUUUUUUGCUCCAUAGUUCGGUAUGUAUUUAACUUUAAAGUGUAUUAUCGUCUUAAUUCAACACUUGUCGUAUUGAAUCAUAUUGAGUUGAGAUAAAAAAAAAAUACCUUCAAGGUUAACCACCCAAAUGAAGAAGGUUGACUACAUCGAUGCCCAUUGGCGGAUGUAGUAUAGAAAGACCGGUGGCAAUCGCCCCCGACGACCCAAAAGUUUCUAGUGUAUAUAUAUUGUAAUUAUGUA